AGCGGCCGGCCGCCCAUGGCGUUCGCGCUGCUGCGCCCCGUCGGCGCGCACGUGCUGUACCCGGACGUGCGGCUACUGAGCGAGGACGAGGAGAACCGCAGCGAGAGCGACGCCUCCGACCAGUCGUUCGGUUGCUGCGAGGGCCUGGAGGCGGCACGGCGCGGCCCGGGCCCCGGGGGCGGGCGGCGGGCGGCCAGCAGCGCGGGCCCGGUGGUGGUGGUGCGACAGCGGCAGGCGGCCAACGCGCGGGAGCGGGACCGCACGCAGAGCGUGAACACGGCCUUCACGGCGCUGCGCACUCUCAUCCCCACCGAGCCGGUGGACCGCAAGCUAUCCAAGAUCGAGACGCUGCGCUUGGCGUCCAGCUACAUCGCGCACCUGGCCAACGUGCUGCUGCUGGGCGACGCGGCCGACGACGGGCAGCCGUGCUUCCGAGCGGCGGGCACCGCCAAGAGCGCGGUCCCAGCCGCCCCCGACGGCGGCCGCCAGCCGCGUUCCAUCUGCACCUUCUGCCUCAGCAACCAGCGCAAGGGGGGUAGCCGUCGUGACCUGGGGGGCAGCUGCUUGAAGGUGAGGGGGGUGGCCCCAGUUCGAGUGCCUCGGAGAUGA